AUGGCCGGGAUUCCUAUGCACCCGCGUUUGGACGCCGGGGCCAAGCGCCAGCAUAGCGCUUUGGGCAAACAUACGCGAUCAACGUGGUAUCCGCCAGCUUCGAGCAUACCAACAAUGCAUCGCCGAAAAGCCAAAGGAAAUCAGAUUCCGACUCCUUCGGAUUCACUGAGGGGAAAUACCUCUGCUCAUGACCCAGACAUUGCUUACCAGCGAACACGGGAUACCCUUAUCGAGGUCGUCAAGCUUGUCAGGGCGGGGACCGACGCUACUUCAUUUCUGGGCCCCCUCAAAGCAGUUUGCGAGAUUUCCCUUCUAUUCCUUGAGACAACCAGGACCGUAAACGAGAACACCAAAGGGCUCAAAAUACUCAGGGAUAGUCUUGAAGCACACAUAUCCAUCUUGGAUGAGGGAUAUCUCCAGGCUGUCGAGGAUGAGCGCAUGGACCAAAUGCCCGAAGCGCUCAAGGAUUUUAAUGACGCAGUGAGGGAUUACAUCGCAACUCUGAAAGGCAUACUCGCCAGAAUGAACGAGUUGAAGCACAGCAGAGAUCAAGGCAUGAAUGGAUUUUUCAGAAAGAUCACGGAUUCCAAGAUGAACACAGGAAAUAUUGCAGAAUACAAACAGGAAAUCUUACAAGCUACGCGCGUAUUCGAGGAUAUGACCAAGCUCUAUCAAAUUCAGCUGCAAGCAGAAGUGUGGAAACACAAGACGUGUCUACCAGGCACACGCGUAUCGAUUCUGCAGGAAGUUCGACAUUGGCGCCUGGACCCCAACGCGGACAAGCGCAUUUUUUGGCUCUGCGACGUUGGCGGAUCGGGCAAGUCCACAGUCACGUUGACGAUGUGCGAGGAGUGGGAUAAUGCCGAAGGUGUUCUGGUUGGUCGAUUCUUCUUUUCGAAGAAUGCUCGACAGACAUCAGAGACGGAUGAUUUCUGCUCCGUCAUUGCGGAAGAUAUCGGUGCUCGAAACAAGGCAAUCCUAAAGCAAAUAAAGGUGAUCAAAGAAGAAGAUCCUCACCUUCUCAUACGAGGACUGCGCCAUCAGUUCACUAAACUCGUAGAAGAACCCUUGCAACUUGCAACGACGAAUAUUGUCCUUGUGAUUGACGCAAUGGAUGAGUGCAACAAGGAGAUGAGGGGAGAGUUGAUUAACCUACUUGUUGAGAAGCUUCCAUUGAUGCCUAAACUCAAACUCUUUAUAACGAGCCGGCCAGAGCCAGACAUCACCGCGAUACUCCAGGGUAGAGCGAUUGUACGCGGAAUGCAUUUCAAGAUGCACGGCAAAGAGCAGCAGUCCAACUUGGAUGACAUUAGGGCCUACGUCGACGUCCAUCUUGUCGACCUGCUUACCGAGCCUCAGCGCUCGCAGAUUGUAGAACGCUCGAAUGGACUUUUCAUCUGGAUCACGACAGCACAUCUUGAGCUACAACAGGCUCAAGGUCCGGCCGCUGUUGGCACGACUCUCAAAUCCCUCUUGACGCGAGGCGAGGGCGGGGAUAUUAACCAGGUCUAUACAAACAUCCUUCGUCGACUGCGACGAGAACCUUCCAGUGGUAGCAUACACAAGGUUAUGGGCACUAUCCUAACCUUGUUCGAGCCGGUGUCAACGGAGGCUCUGGAGGAGAUGACUGGGAUUGCAGACUCUGAGCUAAGACUGAUCUUAGGGUCGAUGCAAAGUGUAUUUCGGGUGAAGAGUGUGGUAGAGUUUCUACAUCCGACGUUUCGAGAAUACCUUCUCAGUCCAUACAACGUGGAUAUGCCAUUCGACUCGACAGCAAUGCAGUCAGACUUGGCCAUAUCUGUCCUCACAGUGCUUCAGAAGGAUCUGAAGGAGGACAUUUGCGGCAUUUCCGUGCCGAAUGAACCAUAUCCAAGGAAUACGGACGUCAUGGAUCUGGAUGAACGUCUGGAACGAUUAUGGACAAGUUGUCCGGCACUACCUUAUGCGGCAAAGUACUGGGGCUAUCAUGCAUCCACUGUCGUAAUGGAGGAACAUGUGGUCCAGCCGCUGCGAAGGUUUUUAGAAAGCCAAAUUUUGUACCUCGUGGAGCUGUUAAGCUUGAUGGGUCACAUGCAUCUUAUUCGAAAUUUCGAGAGAGAUUCGGCGAAGUUGUGCACACAAAGGUUGGGUGAUGAAGUCGAGGUAUGCCGUGAUAUAGUUAGACUUGUACAGAGGAAUCAAAAGACACUAGAGAGGAGUGCCUUGGAUAUCUACUUGUCAGGGCUACUAUUCCUCCCUCGAAAGUCACAACUGUGGACAAUGUACCAGAGCAGGUUUUCAGAUCGACUACCAAAGAUCACUGGAGGACCAUCAGAGCAUUGGCCUUCACACCAAACUUUGAAACUGGACAUAAAUUCUGUCUUGUGUCUGGCCUUCUCGCCAGAUGGGCGCCGUCUUGCGUCUGGAUCUCGGGAUCGCACUGUACGCCUGUGGGAUGGGACCACCGGUGCAAGCCUUGGACGCUCGAAGACAUACUGGGAUUGUCUCGUGUCUGGCCUUCUCGCCAGAUGGGCGCCGUCUUGCAUCUGGAUCCGGGGAUCGCACUGUACGCCUGUGGGAUGGGACCACCGGUGCAAGCCUUGGGACGCUUGGGGACACAUUGAUGUCUCGUGUCUGGCCUUCUCGCCAGACGGCGCCGUCUUGCAUCUGGAUCCUGGGAUCGCACUAUGGGCGCCGUCUUGCGUCUGGAUCCGGGAUCACACUGUACGCCUGUGGGAUGGGACCACCGGUGCAAGCCUUGCGACGCUUGAAGGACAUACUGGGAUUAGGUGCGUGUCUGGCCUUCUCGCCAGAUGGGCUCCGUCUUGCGUCUGGAUCUGGGAUCACACUGUACGCCUAUGGGAUGGGACCACCGGUGCAAGCCUUGCGACGCUCGAAGGACAUACUGGGAUUGUCCCAUGUCUGGUCUUCUCGCCAGAUGGGCUCUGUCUUGCGUCUGGAUCUGAGGAUUGCACUGUACGCCUGUGGGAUGGGACCACCGGUGCAAGCCUUGCGACGCUCAAAGGACAUACCUAUAAUGUCUCGUGUCUGGCCUUCUCGCCAGACGGGCUCCGUCUUGCGUCUGGAUCUGAUGAUCGCACUGUACGCCUGUGGGAUUGGACCACCAGUGCAAGCCUUGCGACGCUCCAAGGACAUACCAGUAUUGUCUCGUGUCUGGCCUUCUCGCCGGACGGGCUCCGUCUUGCAUCUGGAUCCUGGGAUCACACUGUACGCCUAUGGGAUUGGACCACCAGUGCAAGCCUUGCGACGCUCGAUGGACAUACCAGGAUUGUCUUGUGUCUGGCCUUCUCGCCAGACGGGCUCCGUCUUGCGUCUGGAUCCGGGGAUUACACUGUACGCCUAUGGGAUGGGACCACAGGUGCAAGCCUUGCGACGCUCGAAGGACAUACCAGGAUUGUCUCGGGUCUGACCUUCUCGCCGGACGGACUCCGUCUUGCGUCUGGAUCUGAGGAUUGCACUGUACGCCUGUGGGAUGGGACCACCGGUGCAAGCCUUGCGACGCUCAAAGGACAUACCUAUAAUGUCUCGUGUCUGGCCUUCUCGCCGGACGGGCUCUGUCUUGCGUCUGGGUCUGAGGAUUACACUGUACGCCUAUGGGAUGGGGCCACCGGUGCAAGCCUUGCGACGCUCAAAGGACAUACCGAUUAUGUCUCGUGUCUGGCCUUCUCGCCAGAUGGGCUCCGUCUUGCGUCUGGAGGUGGAUCUGGAGAUUGCACUAUACGCCUAUGGGACAUUGCCAUUGCUUCAAGUUUGGGGCCUGCUUACACGCUCAAUUCACCUUGCCCCCAUUUGUCUUUCUCCCGGGAUGGACACUCCUUACAUCUGGAUAAUGAAACGGCACUCAAUGUCUCCCAGGAUGGACUUCAGCCACACUCAUUUCCUUGUCUGACUGUCAAGCCCAGCCUCAAGCAAUUCACAGUAGCUCUUGACUACGCCAGUCAGGAGCUGUGGUCUGCUUGUUGUCCAUACCGUAGAUAUAGGAUACCUGAUGAAUUUUGGGUGCAUUGCUCCACCAAAUGCCAAGAUAAAGUUGCCCUGGCCGUAGGGGAUGGACGGGUCAUGGUCAUGAUCAUUGAUUUUGCAAAAUUUUCCGAUCCAUGUGCCCAUCCUUAA